AAUUAAUUUCUCGAUAGCGCAGCGGUUGGGUGGCCCGAGCUCCUCAUUCCUCAAUGUUGUUGGGCCCCUCGGGUCUGUUGCGCAGCUGCAAGACAUGGAGCCCCGCCCACCAAAAACGUCCCAGCCGGCAAUCCCUGGCCGGGAUCCCCUAUCGACCGCGGGGUAGCAGUCAAAUUUCCUGGAGCCCCUCCACCACCGCCCACCACCACGCCGUUCUGCUUCCCCGUCCCUUGUUCUCAUCUGAAGUUGCUCCCGGACCGUGACUCACGGAUUGGCUGACAGGUCCCUUAUUUCGGUUUCAGGGGACGCAAAAUAUUCCCAUUUAGGCCACUACCAUCGCCCUCGACCGAAUCCCUUUCCAAAGCCACCUACAGGCAACACCAAAUACACCCCGUCCACAUCGACAGUCCCGGAGAAUCGUCACCAUGGAGAAGGUCGAAAAGGUCACCGAAGCCCUCAAGAAGGCCACAAUCGACGGCGAUGAGAAGAAGAGGGCUAAGAAGGAGAAGAAGGCCGCCCCUGCCGCCGAUGCUAGCGCCGGCCCACUCGAGAUGAACCCCCCUCCAUCCUUCAUCCAGGAGCGUAUCGACCUGUUCGACCGCCUGUACAAGGAACAGCAGGAGGAAAUCGCCAGUAGACCUCGCGAGGACAUCACAAUCACAAUGCCAGAUGGCACCAUCAAGGUCGGCAAAUCGUACGAGACCACCCCCGCCGAAAUUGCCAAGGGCAUCUCCAACAGCCUCUUCAAGCGCACUGUUGUUGCGAGAAUCGAUGGCGAGACAUUGUGGGAUCUCGAGCGUCCCCUCGAGAAGAGCUGCAAGCUUGAGCUUCUGGACUUCAACGACGACCAGGGCAAGUUUGUCUUCUGGCAUUCCAGCGCACAUAUUCUUGGCGAGGCCUGCGAGCGGAGGUUCGGUUGCUCACUGUGCAUUGGGCCCCCAGUGGACAAUGGUUUCUACUACGAAAUGGCUCUGCCGGAUGGUGCCGCUGUUCAGUCCACAGACUGGGCGCCACUUGAGAGCAUUGUCAGCAAGGUGGUCAAGGAGAAGCAGCCUUUCCAGAGACUCGAGAUGAGCAAGGAGGACCUGCUCAAGAUGUUUGCCUACAACAAGUACAAGCAGCACAUCAUCAAGGACAAGAUUGAGGAUGGCACCAAGACCACAGUUUACAGGAACGGCCCCUUGAUCGAUUUGUGCAGAGGCCCCCACGUCCCCGACACUGGCAGAAUCGAGGCUUUUGCCAUCAUGAAGAACUCGUCUUCUUACUUCCUCGGUGAUGCGAACAACGACUCCCUUCAGAGAAUCUACGGUGUAUCUUUCCCCGACAGGAAGCAAAUGGCUGCCCAUAAGAAGUUUUUGGAGGAGGCCGCUAAGCGUGACCACCGCUUGAUUGGCAAGCAGCAAGAGUUGUUCUAUUUUGAGGAGUGCUCGCCCGGUUCGGCCAUGUGGCUGCCCCACGGUAUGCGCAUCCAUAAUGCGAUUAUGGAUUACAUCAAGGAGGAGUACUGGGCCCGUGGCUACGACGAGGUCAUGACACCCAAUAUGUUUAACGUGUCUCUUUGGGAGCAAUCUGGCCACUUGGCGCAUUACAAGGAGGACAUGUUCCUUCUUGACGUGGACAAGGAGCAGUUCGGUCUCAAGCCCAUGAACUGCCCGGCCCACGCCAUGAUGUUCCGUCACAGAGAGCGCAGUCACAAGGAACUUCCCCUCCGCCUUGCCGAUUUCGGUGUCCUCCACCGUAACGAAGCCAGCGGAGCGCUCAGCGGUCUCACCAGAGUGAGAAGAUUCCAGCAGGAUGAUGCCCACAUCUUCUGCCGUGAGGACCAGAUCAAGGAGGAAGUUGCCGAUCUCUUCGACUUCAUGCGCAAGUUCUACGGUAUCCUCGGCCUCACAUUCAAGCUCAAGCUUUCUACUCGCCCAGAAAAGUUCCUUGGUGAGAUCGAGACAUGGGACCGCGCCGAGUCUCGUCUUAAGGAGGCUCUUGACGAGUUUGCUGCCUCUGACAAGGAUGGUGGUGUCUCUUGGGAGCUCAACCCUGGUGAUGGUGCCUUCUACGGCCCCAAGAUAGAUAUCGCUGUGCUGGACUGCCUCAACAGACCGUGGCAGUGCGCCACCAUCCAGCUUGACUUCCAGCAGCCCCAGAACUUCUCCCUCGAGUACCAGACUGGCGAGGCUGUGCAAAAGGGUGAGACCAAGGCUGCUGUUGAGGAGCCUGCUCCUCCUGCUCCUGAGGCCGAGGCUGAGAAGGACAAGGACGGCAAGGAGAAGAAGAAGCCUCUUCUCAUCAAGAAGGCUCUUUCUCCUGGCUGUGCCCGCCCUGUCAUGAUCCACCGUGCCAUGGCUGGCAGUAUCGAGCGCUUCACUGCCAUUUUGGCUGAGCACUUUGCCGGCAAGUGGCCAUUCUGGAUGUCGCCUCGCCAGGUUAUCGUUAUCCCCGUUGGCAUGGGCUUCUUGGAUUACGCUAAGGAGGUCGCUGCCCUGCUGAAGAAGGAGAAGUUUUAUGCCGAUGUCGACAGCUCCGGCAACACCCUCCAGAAGAAGAUUCGCAACGGCCAGCUCGCCCAAUACAACUUCGUCUUCGUGGUCGGCGACGACGAGAUGCGCAACCGCAAGGUCAACAUCCGCUAUCGCGACGACACCUCCACCCAGGCGAGAGAUGUGCCUUUUGACUUGGACGAGGCCAUCCAGAAGCUCAGGCAGCUCAAGUCUGACAGGGGCAUGUACAACCCCUUCCCUCAUGUGGCCGACGCGAAGAAGGAGGAGGAGGUCAAGGCUUAGAUGAAUGAAUGAAAUGAUAAAAUGAGGGUAGAAAAAGUAGAAGUUAUUCCAUCGAACCUGUUUCUUGUCUGCCGGUAUACCAUGAAUCUGUAGCUUUCAGUGGUUUUUUGGUAUUGCUUAAAGCAGGGGUUUGGGGGAGCACUGGUGUUGGUGGUGGUGGUGGUGUGGUGUUUGUAGCAGAAAUACGAGCUCGCAAUACUGCCUGGAAGUUGGUCGGCUCGACAACGGACUAAAGAGAGCUGUCCAAAAAUGAAAAAAAAGGUAUCAUUCAAAAGCCAAAGCAAGGCACUCUACAAGACAACCCAACCAAACAACGCAAAAGCCGCAACAAAAAGCCA